AGACCCCGCCCGUCCCGUCCCGGGUGAUUCCUGCGGACCCGGCUGCAGCGACGCCAGGAGACCCCGAGCUGCGGUGCGGGGUGGCCCCACUGAAGAAGAUGCCCUCUUCGGUGCUGGGUCAGGCCAGGUUCUCCAGCCCUGGGGUGGCCCCGGACACCUGCUGCUGCUCCCCCGCGGCCAUGCAGAGGAGGCUGCCCAUCUUGGCAUGGCUGCCCAGCUACUCCCUGCAGUGGCUGAAGAUGGAUUUCAUCGCUGGACUCUCUGUGGGCCUCACUCUCGUUCCCCAGGCACUGGCCUAUGCUGAAGUGGCUGGACUCCCGCCCCAGUAUGGCCUCUAUUCUGCCUUCAUGGGCUGCUUCGUGUAUUUCCUCCUGGGCACCUCCCGGGACGUGACUCUGGGCCCCACGGCCAUCAUGUCCCUCCUGGUCUCCUUCUACACCUUCCACGAGCCCGCCUAUGCUGUGCUGCUGGCUUUCCUGUCCGGCUGCAUCCAGCUGGUUAUGGGGGUCCUACAUUUGGGGUUCCUGCUGGACUUCAUUUCCUGCCCCGUCAUUAAAGGCUUCACCUCUGCUGCCACCGUCACCAUCGGCUUUGGACAGAUCAAGAUUGUCUUCUGUGGAUCAAAGAAGUACACAGUGCUCUUAUGGGUCCCCUCUUAAUAAAAUGACCUUCCUGGAAGGGCUGUCUCAUGAUGGCUGGAUUUUACAGCGGAACCUGCUGGGACUGCAGAACAUUCCCAGGCAGUUCGUCCUGCAAGUGUACCACACCUUCCUGAGGAUCGGGGAGACCAGGGUGGGCGACGCCGUCCUGGGGCUGGUCUGCAUGGUGCUGCUGCUGGUGCUGAAGCUGAUGCGGGACCACGUGCCUCCCGUCCACCCUGAGAUGCCCCCUGGUGUGCGGCUCAGCCGCGGGUUGGUCUGGGCUGCCACAACAGCUCGCAACGCCCUGGUGGUCUCCUUCGCAGCCCUGGUUGCGUACUCCUUCGAGGUGACUGGAUACCAGCCUUUCAUCCUCACUGGGGAGACAGCUGAGGGGCUCCCUCCAGUCCGGGCCCCGCCCUUCUCAGUGACCACAGCGAACGGGACGAUCUCCUUCACCGAGAUGGUGCAGGACAUAGGGGCUGGGCUGGCUGUGGUGCCCCUGAUGGGCCUCCUGGAAAGCAUUGCAGUGGCCAAAGCCUUCGGGUCUCAGAAUAAUUACCGCAUCGAUGCCAACCAGGAGCUGCUGGCCAUCGGCCUCACCAACGUGCUGGGCUCCCUCGUCUCCUCCUACCCGGUCACAGGCAGCUUCGGACGGACAGCUGUGAACGCUCAGUCGGGGGUGUGCACCCCAGCGGGGGGGCUGGUGACGGGGGUGCUGGUGCUGCUGUCUCUGGACUACCUGACCUCCCUCUUCUACUACAUUCCCAAGUCUGCCCUGGCCGCUGUUAUCAUCAUGGCCGUGGCCCCGCUGUUCGACACCAAGAUCUUCGGGACGCUCUGGCGCAUUAAGAGGCUGGACCUGCUGCCCCUGUGUGUGACGUUCCUGCUGAGCUGCUGGGAGGUGCAGUAUGGCAUUCUGGCCGGGGCCCUGGUGUCCCUGCUCAUGCUCCUGCACUCCGCAGCCAGACCCGAGACCAAGCUGUCGGAGGGGCCGGUUCUGGUUCUGCAGCCGGCCAGUGGCCUGCACUUCCCCGCGGUGGAGGCUCUGCGGGAGGAGAUCCUAAGCCGGGCCCUAGAAGUGUCCCCGCCACGCUGCCUGGUCCUGGAGUGCACCCAUGUCUGCAGCAUCGACUACACCGUGGUGCUGGGGCUUGGUGAGCUCCUCGAGGACUUCCACAAGCAGGGCGUCACCCUGGCCUUCGUGGGUCUGCAGGUCCCUGUUCUCCGUGUCCUGCUGUCUGCUGACCUGAAGGGGUUCCAGUACUUCUCCACCCUGGAAGAAGCAGAGAAAUACCUGAGGCAGGAGCCGGAGACCCAGCCCUACAACACCAGAGAAGACUCCGCCCCAGAACACAAGAUCGCCCUGCUGCAGGCCUAGUGGGGCCACCGUGGGCCUCCACAGUUUACAAGAUGUUCUGGAAAGUUCUCGUCACUGUGAUUGGAUGCUGGAUGCCACCUGAUAGACAUGCUGGCCUGGCUGAGAAACCGCUGAGCAGGUGACCCCAGGGAGGAGAAGGAAGCCGGGCCUGGAGAUCCAUGGGGGGAUUCACCGGCUUCCCGUGGGUUGACUGAAAAGUGACCUCGCCGCUGUUCCCUGGCAUGACCUUCUUUGCAAGGGUGGUUUGGAGAGUCUUCUAGAAUGACCGACAGAGUGAGGAAGCAGGGGGCCAGGGGUUUCGGGCCUGGGCUGGGAGAGGUGUCGGGGCAGGGCAGGCAGGAGUCUGGGAGGCAGGACAGACAGGACGGCACACAUGCUCCUCAGGGCGAUGGCAUCUGUGCCCUCCAAGAGAAAACCAAGGUGUGCCCAAGGAUGUACAGUAAAUAAUUUAGCGUUUUCUAAAUGGAAAAAGUGAUGGCUUUGGUGAUUUUGUAAAAAUCAUAAAUGCUUAUGGUAAAAAAUGCGGGAGAUCCCCGCACGCCCUCCCCCACCCCGUCCACUUGGGGGUCACUCCAGACCCCCUCCCGACACGCGCCUCUGCGCCUCUCCGUCAGCACGUGGGUAUGUGCUCACGGCUUUACAUAAAUGGGAUCAUUUCCCACAUGGUGCUCGGGAACCCACAUUUUUCAUGCAGUCAUUUGCAGUGAAUUAUUUAUUGUGAUAAUAAAUCGCAUUAGAAUAUCUGA